AAGUGGGACUGCGCCGCCUCUUGUUGGAGAAGCAGGGCGAUUUGUUACCUACCUGGAGUGUCUUUGACUGUGGGCAUCCCCUGCUGUUCUUUAAGCCACACAAAGCUGCACCCGAGCUUGUUUGACGUCUGCUCUGUCGAGCGUCCAUGAUGUUGGGCCCUGAGGGAGGUGAAGGCUUUGUGGUCAAGCUCCGUGGCCUGCCCUGGUCCUGCUCUGUUGAGGAUGUGCAGAAUUUCCUCUCCGACUGCACGAUCCAUGAUGGGGUCGCAGUGUUCAAGUCCCACAGAACCGAGAUGGAUUGGGUGUUGAAGCACAGUGGUCCAAACAGUGCUGACACUGCCAGUGAUGGUUUCGUGCAGCUUCGAGGACUCCCGUUUGGAUGCACCAAGGAAGAGAUCAUUCAGUUCUUCUCAGGGUUGGAAAUCAUGCCAAGUGGGAUCACAUUGCCUGUGGACCCCGAGGGCAAGAUUACAGGGGAAGCCUUUGUGCAGUUUGCCUCACAGGAGUUAGCAGAGAAGGCUCUAGGGAAGCACAAGAAGAGAAUAGGGCACAGGUAUAUUGAGGUGUUCAAGAGCAGUCAGGAAGAAGUUAGGUCAUACUCGGAUCCCCCACUCAAGUUCAUGUCAGUGCAGCGGCCAGGGCCCUAUGGCCACCCUGGCACAGCCAGAAGGUAUAUUGGCAUCGUCAGGCAGGCAGGCCUGGAGAGGAUGAGGUCUGGGGCCUACAGUGCGGGCUAUGAGGGUUAUGAGGAGUACAGCGGCCUCAGUGAUGGCUACGGCUUCACCACCGACCUGUUUGGGAGAGACCUCAGUUACUGUCUCUCUGGGAUGUAUGACCACAGGUAUGGAGAUGGCAAGUUCACUGUCCAGAGCACCACUGGACACUGCGUCCACAUGAGCGGGCUGCCCUACAAAGCCACAGAGCACAAUAUUUACAACUUCUUCUCCCCGCUCAACCCUGUGAGAGUCCACAUUGAGACUGGCCCUGAUGGAAGAGUGACUGGCGAAGCUGAUGUAGAGUCUGCCACUCACGAAGAAGCCAUAGCAGCCAUGUCCAAAGACAGGGCCAACAUGCAACAUAGAUACAUAGAACUUUUCUUGAAUUCCACAACUGGGGCCAGCAAUGGGGCAUAUAGCAGCCAGAUGAUGCAAGGCAUUGGGGUGUCAACCCAGUCCAUUUACAGUGGCCUUGAGAGCCAGUCUGUGAGUGGCUGUUGUGGGGCUGGCUAUGGUGGCCAGAACAGCAUGGGUGGAUAUGACUAG